AGUGAAUAGAUUUAUACAAAUUUAUUAAAUCUUAAUUUUUUUGUUCCUUUUCAUUUCUAAUCAAUUGUUUAGUAAAGUGGGCAGGAACAUGCGCACACACCGAAGAAGUUAUGGAACCAAUAUUCUAAGAUGUAUUCCUGUCCAUCAAUCCGAUCCUUAAGAGAGCUAGUAGCCUAUGUUGAAUCAUAACCUGUGGAAGCAGCACCUGCGGUUCACUUAUAAUAAGCAGAAGGAGAGGUGGUUUGAUAGCCAGCCGCAGCAGAGGGAGCAGAUUCAGUUGCCCGAGUGAAAGCAUCAGUAGCAGGAGCAAAGCACCACCUAUAGAGGCCUAGCGUAGUAGUAGUAUAGGCAUAGUCAGUCCCGGGACCAGAAGCAAAGGCCGCAGCUUACCUCCUAGUUUACUACCUAGGUAAUCCAGAGCUUCCAGCAGCAUCUUCAUCACCCUGAGAGCCCACCCCUCUCGAAUCUGUGAAUUAGUGCAAUAGCUGAUAGGUCGGGGCCGAAGUGCGGUGAGCCCCUGGGCGAACUAACUUCCUGAUCCGCCGCCGGCUUAGUAGCAGUGUUUUCGAGUAAGAAUGUAUUUCUGUGUCAAAAAAUGACUGGCUGUUCGGAACCACUUUGAAACUCUGUGAGCUGGAGGUUUAAGCCUGGUUGUCUUACAACACGCCAAUACUGUGGAUUUAGCAUUAAAAGCUUGAUUUUGAUUUGAGAUAAUCAGAAAUGGAAAAUAAUGAAAUGCAAACUGACUUAUGCGAGAUGAGGCACCUGAAAAAGAGAAGGCUGUUCAAAGAAGUCAGGGCAGUUACAUCCCAUGUAAAUUAUGAAGAAGAAGUCCAAUUUGUGAAGAAGAGGUGGUUGAUGAGGAGAUGGCCAGAAGAUCUAGAUUCUUCCCGAAGUAGCAUUGAGGACCCAUCUGAAUGUGGAUUCUUGGGGGAUCAGUAUAUUUUGGAAUCAUUUUUAAGAGAUGACAAUUCUGCAGUUGUUAUGAAGUCAAAAAUCCAAGAAAGCUUUGAUGCAUUCAAGGAAAAUUACAUAUCUGAUAAUCAUUUCCACAAGUCCACAGUAAAACGGUUAGUUUUGCAACCAGAAAAAAUCCAGGAUCUUCCAGAAAAAGAACUUUUUGCUUCCCUUCCUGUAUUACUUGAUCAUUUUCAGCAGCCGGCACUUCUGACUUUAUCAAAGGUUGUGACUGGAAAAACAUAUAUAAGACGGAAUCAUCUAAUAAAAUAUAUUCAGCUUGGAUUACCCAAGCUGUUUGCUCGGACUGGUCAGGAUGCUUCUGAAUGUUUGCAGAAUGUGAAAAACAUACUAAGAAAUCCAGAUAGUUAUUUGCCACCUUGCGCUGCAGUACUGCCAGAAAAACCCUCCUCUGCCUUAGCUGUGGCUAAAUGUACAUUGGGUCAGCUAGAAAAUCUUCCAAAUCACACACUUUAUUCGAUGAACAGGAUAAUAGGGGGAGAGUCACUUACAAUAAAACUAGAAUUGAGGAAAAUUGGUUCAAGCAAAGCUUCAUUGGCUGAAUGCAUUAAGAACAAGGCAGAUAGGCUUCUAGAGGGGGUCAGAGAUUUUGAUCCACUGCCUGAACUCUUGAAGAAAGCACUUCUAGUUGCAAGCCUUUCAGCCAGACAAAGUUGUGGGGAAGAUGGUGGCAUUGUAGAAAAUCUUGGAUAUAUUUCACCUGAAUUAAAUGCUUUGCAUAAUGAUUUUCUGAAGGCUAUUUCACAUGUACAGAAGUUAGAUUCUGUUGAACUAAAAGAUAUUUAUGGUUGCCUAUCUUCUGAUGAUCUCUUUUUGAGUAAAAGCCUCCGUCUUUUACGGCGUAUCAUUCGGACUUUUCUGGUUGAAUGGCUUUUUGAAUGUUAUGAUGAAAUCAUUCCAGAGUCAGUUAUAAGAACCAUCAAUAUGAUUAAUAAAUUGGGAGCGGCAAAGGGUGCUGUGAAGGAGAGAGGUCGAAAGGGCAUUGUAAAGGGGAGAGAUCAAAAGGGUGCUGCAAAGGAGAGAGAAUCAAAGGGCACUGUAAAGGAGAGAGUUCAAAAGGACACUGUGAUGGAGAGAGAUCCAAAGGCCACCAUAAAGGAGAGAGAUCCAAUUGGCUACAAGACAGAGCCAAGGGUUGAUACAAAGCUUAGAUUAGAUAGAGAGUUAGAGUGUGUAUUGAAUGUGAGUACUCACUUACAACAAGUCAUCUAUGAAAGGACAGAAAAUGCAGGUUUAGAGCAAAGAAUUGCUGAAAUUCCUUUAGACAGUUCUGAAGAUGAAUGUGAGCCAUGGUUCUCUGAGAACAGUUAUGAUACACAUGAACUGGAUGGAAAAGAAGAAACUUAUGUUGGUGAAUCAUUUUCAGAACCUGAAUUUAUAGAGGUUAAAGAGCAUGGUCUACAAGAACAGAUGAAAGAAGACUUUCCUCAUGGGGAGCUAAAAAAUUCUUCUCGGGUGGAUAGUUUAAGCAAGAAUAAUUCUCAGACUGAAGAGACAGUAAGAGAAAUUGUGCAACAAAUCCAAGAAGUAUGUGAUGAAGCAAGCCUCUUUUGUUAUCGUCUUGUUGGUUCCAUGAUAGAUGAAUUCCUAAGAAUACAAGGUCAUGUUUUAGAAGCCCCUGCAAGGACAUAUCUCCGGAAUGGAUUUCCAUGCACUGCAGAGAGAACAGGUGAGAUUGGACCUUCUGAUAUUCAACAAAGCAUGGACAUUACAAUAUUACUGGACACUGCUAAAAAGCUAUACCCCGAAAUGCCAACAAGUGUGAUAGAGAAAAUUAAGCUUUCCCUUGGUGUAACGUAACAAAAUUAUCUCAGUAGCAAUGCAGUUGUGUGAACUAUUCGAACAUUGUUGGAGGUCCAUAGUAUAAGUCCCUAUUGCUCUAUACGGUUCUGAAACUCUUAUGGUCCCUUUUUGUUAUCUCUAAUACCUAUGAUCAAACUCCAAUUCUAAGAGUCUUCAGAUUGUAUUAACUCAAACGAGUUUUUUGGCCUUUUUUAAAGUUGCCUUUUUUUUGUCGUACAUUCCUUAUAAUAUAAUUUUUCAAUUUAUGUCUUUAAAAAGGUAAGAUGUUAUCUUGAAUGAAUGUUUCAUCUAAGUUCUUCCAAAUUUUUAGCGAGCAAGCUAGAAAUUUGUUCAUUUUCAAAUGCUUUAUUUAAAAGCAUAAAUUUAUGUAAUUCAUCUUUUAUUUUUUUGACGUAUUUCAAAAAGUACAAAUUGAACUG